ACGGGCGGGGACAGUUACAAAACGGAUCAGUAACGCGGGAGUUUUCAUAACAGCUUGUUUUCAAAGGAAGUGUGUUGAAUAACCUCACCUGCAUAGACAUGGAUGAAAAUAAAAUUGAUUUAAGUUUAAAGACGAUGCAACUAUUACAGGAGAGGACACCACCUCAGGAUCCAGGAAUGGACGGGCCCGUGCGUCGGACGUCCCGGCGAAUCAGAGAGAAACAAAACCAAGAAAAGAACCAAAUUUUAUCCCCAAAAUGUCUGACAUUUACUUCUGAGAAAAAUGACAGUGAGGAAGAAGAAGAUAUUGAAGAGGCAGAAGUAAAGGAUGAUAAGGAAUCUCUUCCAGGUUACCGUGAGGGUUUGUCUGAAUAUGAGCUAGAGCGACUGGAGAAUAUCAGACAGAACCAGGCCUUCCUCAAUACCCUGAAUUUACCUCAGAUUUCUGAAGCUCUGAGACCCAAGCCGAAACCUACUCAGAAAGGCCUGAAAAGGGAAAAGACAGAAUCAGAGAUGCUCCCUGUUCGCAAGUCACUGCGGUUACAGAAUAAGGGUCCUCAGACAACCCUUACUCUAGACACAACCUCUUAUGCAGCCAGAGAGCCUGAAGAAAAAACAAAAAAAGCCCCAGGACCGAUACCACUCGAUCCAAUCAACCUGGAUGAACAUGUCAGGCUGCCAGAAGAUUUGGUAAAACUCUGGAAUGAGGCCCCAUUAAAACAAGAAGCAGGAACAUCAGAUUUGAUAUCGUACCAACAAAUGCUGCAGAAAUUAUCUAUCAAUGACAGUUGUGUGGUGAAAGUUGUGAAAGAUCGGAUCUGUUCAGCCGCUUUUCACCCCACCUCUUCCGACUUGCUUAUGGCAGCAGGAGACAAGUCGGGCCACCUCGGGCUCUGGAAGCCGGAUGCUAGUUGGGGUGAUGAUGGUGUAAUCUACUUUGAACCCCAUUCUCGUGCAAUUACCAGCAUGGCCUUCUCAUCUCGCCCUUGCAACCUCAUCACAGUGAGCUAUGAUGGCUCUGUACGCAGCAUGGACCUGGAGAAAGCAGUGUUUGAUGAGGUGUAUCACUCAUCCUCUGGCCUGAAAAGUUUUGACUUUUUGUCAGCUGACUGCUCCAGUUUACUACUUGGUGAAUGGAAUGGUGAUGUUGCCGUCGUUGACCGUAGAACUGAGAAAAUAUAUGAAUCUCUGUAUACCAUGGCUGCAAAUCCUCUGCGCUGUGUUCAUGUCCAUCCUGUGCAACAGCACUACUUUGUAGUGGCAGAGAGCAGAUUUGUGAACAUAUAUGACUUGCGCCAUCUGAAAAGAAGAAACAAUCUAGCAGUUGGUGAACUCAACGGUCACAGCCGCAGUGUCUCCAGUGCCUUUUUCUCCCCACUCACAGGCAACAGAGUUCUGACCACUUGUAUGGACAACACGAUCAGGGUGUUUGACACUUCCCUAAUGGAGGGCAGAUCUCCUGUACUAAAAUCAAUUACGCACAACAUGCAGACGGGUCGGUGGUUGUCCAAGCUAAGUGCAGUGUGGGACCCCAAGCAGCAGGACUGUUUUGUGAUUGGCAGCGUGGACAGGCCUCGCCGAAUUCAGGUAUAUCACGAGAGCGGUCGCCGCCUUCACACUUUUCGAAACAUGGACCACCUGACCACAGUGUGCUCCAUCACGGCAUUCCACCCAAGCAGGAACACUCUGCUUGGAGGCAAUUCAAGUGGGAGGCUGCACAUAUUUACUGACAGUUUCAUCAACUAAAAAAUAUCAAAUUCUUUAUCUGUUUGUUGAUUUGAUUUGUUGGUUUUCUGCUUCCCUCUUUUUUCCCUUUUUUGUACACACAACAGCAUUUGCUUGUAUGGUUGUUUUAUAUAAAAUAUGCUGUUUGUUUUUGUUCCUGUAACA